GUUUCCUGUCAAGAUGGCGGAUAAUCUCCCUUCGGAGUUUGAUGUGAUCGUAAUAGGGACCGGUUUGCCUGAAUCCAUCAUUGCAGCUGCAUGUUCAAGGAGUGGCCAGAGGGUUCUGCAUGUUGAUUCAAGAAGCUACUAUGGAGGAAACUGGGCCAGUUUCAGCUUUUCUGGACUAUUGUCCUGGGUAAAGGAAUAUCAGGAAAACAAUGAUGUUUUGACUGAAAGUUCAACAUGGCAAGAAGAGAUACUUGAAAAUGAAGAAGCCAUUCCACUUAGUAAGAAGGACAAAACCAUUCAACAUUUAGAAGUAUUUUGUUAUGCCAGUCAGGACCCUCAUGAAGAUGCUGAAGAAGCUGGUGCACUGCAAAAAAAUCAUGCUUCUGUGGUGUGCGGGAACACCACAGAUGCUGCAGCUUUUGCCUGCCUGUCCACAGAAGAUGAGUCAUUAAGCACUGUGAGCUGUGACCUACCUGCAGAACCCACUCCAAGAACUCACCCACAGAGUGCCUUAGAAGUAAAAAAGGCAGAAGCAGCAGGGGAGAAAGAAAUCCCAAGUGAUAAAACUUCUGGAGAGGAAGGAAGGGAAAAUGUGCCUAUAGUACAGAAUAUAGAGCCACCAAAGAAAAAUAGAAUUACUUACUCACAGAUUAUUAAAGAAGGCAGGAGAUUUAAUAUUGAUUUAGUAUCAAAGCUUUUGUAUUCUCGGGGAUUACUAAUUGAUCUUCUCAUCAAAUCAAAUGUUAGUCGAUAUGCAGAGUUUAAAAAUAUUACCAGGAUUCUUGCAUUUCGAGAGGGAAGGGUAGAACAGGUUCCUUGUUCCAGAGCAGAUGUCUUUAAUAGCAAACAACUUUCUAUGGUAGAAAAACGAAUGCUAAUGAAAUUCCUUACAUUUUGUAUGGAAUAUGAAGAGCAUCCUGAUGAUUAUCAAGCAUCUGAGGAAAUUACUUUUUCUGAAUAUUUGAAGACUCAAAAAUUAACACCCAACCUACAGUAUUUUGUUCUGCAUUCAAUUGCAAUGACAUCAGAGACAAGCAGCAGUACUGUAGAUGGUCUGAAAGCUACCAAAAACUUCUUGAAUUGUCUUGGGCGAUAUGGCAACACUCCAUUUUUGUUUCCUUUAUAUGGCCAAGGAGAACUCCCCCAAUGUUUCUGCAGGAUGUGUGCUGUGUUUGGUGGAAUCUAUUGUCUUCGCCAUUCUAUACAGUGUCUUGUGGUGGACAAAGAAUCCAGAAAAUGUAAAGCAGUCAUAGACCAGUUUGGUCAAAGAAUAAUGUCUAAGCAUUUCCUUAUUGAGGACAGUUACUUUUCUGAGACCACAUGCUCCCAUGUACAGUACAGGCAGAUCUCCAGAGCAGUCCUGAUUACAGAUGGGUCCGUACUAAAAACAGAUUCAGACCAACAGAUUUCCAUUUUAACAGUGCCAGCAAAUGAACCAGGAACUUUUGCUGUUCGGGUCAUUGAGUUAUGUUCUUCAACAAUGACGUGCAUGAAAGGCACAUAUUUGGUGCAUUUGACUUGUACAUCUUCUAAAACAGCAAGAGAAGACUUAGAGCCAGUUGUACAGAAAUUGUUUACUCCAAAUUCAGAAACAGAGAUAGAAAAUGAAGAGGUUGAAAAGCCAAGGAUCCUAUGGGCUCUCUACUUCAAUAUGAGAGAUUCUUCAGACAUUAGCAGAGACUGUUACAGGGACUUACCAUCCAAUAUUUAUGUUUGCUCUGGCCCAGACUGUGGUAUAGGAAAUGAUAAUGCAGUCAAACAGGCUGAAGCAAUUUUCCAGCAAAUCUGCCCCAAUGAAGACUUCUGUCCACCCCCACCAAAUCCUGAAGAUAUUGUCCUUGAUGGAGACAAUUCUCAACCAGAAGCUUCGGAAUCCAUUGUCACACCUGAGAAUCCCACGGAAAAUGCAAGCCUGGGGAGCCCAGAGGAGCCUCAAGGGUAGUGGAUAUACACCAGAUUGAUAUCCCACUUUGGAAAUACAUACUGGCUCCAUGGACUUUUCAACAGAAGAAGUGUUUAAAAAAUGUUAAAAAGCAACCACCAGUCAAUAUGCAAAACCACCAGAAAAAAGCAGCUCCCAGAAAUCCAAAGGGAAUUUUCUUUAGCUGUAGAUAUGAAGGGCUUCAUAUGCAUUGUUGGGAACUACUUGGUGUUAAGAAAACUUUGAUUUGCUACCUUGGGUUCUUUAUUUUUAUUUUGAAAGCCCACAUGUUCAGAAUCAUAUUUUCAUUCAUUAUUUGAUUUGAAUUAUGUUUUCAUUCUGAGUAUGAGAAUCAAGUCUAAAUUGAAUGAAAAAAAUUAGACAUCAGCCAGGCAUGGUGGCACACGCCUUUAAUCCCAGCACUCAGGAGGCAGAGGUAGGAGGAUUCCAGUGAGUUUGAGGCCACCCUGAGAUGACAUAGUGAAUUCCAGGUCAGACUGGGCUAGAGUGAGACCCUACCUCAAAAAAGUGAAAAAAAAAAAAGGCAGAAACCUAUAUAUGGAGUAAAAGAUUCUCUGUGUUAAGAAGGGUUGAAGGUGGUAAUACUAAUGUUUAGACAGUUUUACUAAUUGUGAGUCUAUUUCUCAGUAAUGUUUUUGAGUAUUAGUGGUAUUUUGGGGUAUAAAUCAUACAAAGACUUGGAAAAGUAAAAAAAAAUGAAAAAAUUGAAUAAUGGUAUAGGAUGUUUGCAUAGGAUCACAGGUAUUUUGCGAUUUAUCCAAAGUAACUAAAACAGUAGCCUAAUUAUCAACAAGUCUAAUUAAUCCUGACAGUGCUACUCAGAAUAUAUUAUGCAAAUUAUGUAAUUUCUGAGCUUCAGUUUUUCCAGAUAUAAUGAAGAAAUACUAUGCUUUCUAUCAGAAGUAUAUUAUAAAGAUAAAGAUAAAUGAAGUGCCAUCAUUAGAAUGUUUUUCCUGAAAAAAAGUUUUAGAACUUUCCUAUUGAUAUGUAAAUGAAUAGCAAAAAAAAUCAAUAUUAGUGUUAUUUUUAUUGCAGUAAGCUUUUAAAAUGAAAGUCUGAUUCUUAAACUCAUAUUUACUAGUUUUUUAUAAACCAGUAAACGUAGCAACAGGUAGAAUUUUGGCUUUGAAAUCCCAUUAGGGAAAACUCAGAAUAGUCAUAUUCCUUUUCUGCCAGGUAAAUCUGAAAUCAAGAACUGAAUUCAACAUGCAUGCCAGUUACUAACACACAUAAAAGUAUGAGGGCUACACAUAGGCAGCACAUAUAGUUACAAUGCCUAUAUUUAACUUUUUCAUAAGCUAUGAUAGACUACUUUCUUUGAGCAAUAGUUUGGAUAUAGAACUGCCUGUAAAUAUAUAUAUAUAUUUUUUUUUUUUGAAAAAGGAAGAAAGGAGUCCCAUGUUUCCUGGCAGGGCCCUGGCUUUAGUGGAAAGCUCAGAGUUCUUCAUCUGCAGCUGUUCCCUCACCUCACAAGGUUUCAGAGAAGGCCUUAAAGGAAGCUAGCUGUAACAGUUCACAAAUUCAUGGAACAUGGAAAAAGCCAACAGAUGUAACUUCUGCUAACUCCUACAGACAGACCUGAAUCAAGAAAAAACAAAAGACUACCCAGCCUCUCAGGCUUUUCUUGCCUCCACCUCCCAGUGUAUAGCCCCCCCCAAUCUCUAUAGUGCCCAUUCCCAUUUAUAUUUGAUGUCAUAUAAAUCAGGGACAGUAGAAUCACAUUAAAACCUACUUUGUUACAAGGCUUCUGAUCUUACAUCAAGUGAUGUUUUCUGAAGCCCAGCUAGGACUUGCACUAAAUGCCUAGUACACACUUGUAAGUACACCAGGUAUUAGUCCUGCCUCUCCAUACCAGCAAUAUAAAAAUUUCCCUUACUUGAGAGGAUUAAGUCUGAAUACAAUCUCAGUUAGUUGCACCAAUAAAGAUGUUAUACUUGGUUUUAGUCUUAGAGUUAAGGCUUCCUGAAAGCAGCAUGCACAUUUAUGUAAACAGACAAUCAGGGUAGGGUUAAAGUAAUUAGAAAAAUGUUGAUAGCUUUUCUGCAGCAGUCUAUUCAUAGAACAGUUUAAGCACUAUUAUGUGUUGUCAUGGUUCAGCUCAUAUUAUACCUAUAUUCAUCCAUUUGACAUCAUAAGACUUUUUCUCCCAGGCCAUUCAUUAAAUAUUGGAGAAAUGUUUAAAAGCUCCUCAAAUGUCCAGUGGUGAUUAAAAUACCACAAAACUGUUAAAAACUUUGUUAGACAUUUCUAGCUAUUUACACUUGCCUCAGAAUGUAAUAGAAAUUAUUCAGAGCUUUCUCUUUAAUUUUCUUUUUUACUGCUAACAAAUAUUUGUUUUCAUAGUUUUAGCUCAAAGUAAAAGAGAAACCUUUGAGUUUAGGGAUCGAACUAUAAGGAUAAAGUCAUUUGAAUAAGAUUACUAUGUUAUGCAUAUGCAAACAUUUUAGUAAUUUAAAAUUUUGAAAGUUGUGAUUAUCAAAGAAUUUUGAUUCAUGUGUUCAAAUGUUUAAUUAUGCAUGCUUCUUAUUAACCAAAAAUAAUAUAUAAUCUUAUGUUAAUAAUGGAGAGAGAUCCAAUAAUUAAUACUAUGUUGCUUUUGUAUAUUUUUUCUAGUUGGUGUGCCUGCCCAAGAAUAUAUAAAUGCAUAUAAUUGAUAUUAAUUUAUAUUUUUGUAUAAUAAAGUGGCCACAAUAAUGGGUACUUUCUAGAGCAAUGGUAGUUUGUGAGAAUGUUAAUCCAUUUUUUAAAAUAACAUCCAUGAUUAAAGAACCACUUCAACAACAGAUUUGUUGAAAGAACUUGAAAUGAUGAAAUACUAGCUUUUAAUUUUUGAUUCUCAUGUCUAUAUAUAUUAUAAAUUUACUCUUUUAACUAUGGUUAUUUAGUUCAUGAAUAGUAUAGUAACAAUCAUUUAAAACAGGACCUGUACCACUUUUCUUGCCAAUUAUUCAUGCAACUGUUAUUGGUAUUGAGUAAUUUGUCUUUUGCUCAGUAAAGUUUCCUAUAUGUAUUUUAAAAGCAUGAAUAUAUUAAUAAUUUGAACAUUGUUUCAGUAAGUUUUCAGAGGAAAUAAAGAUGGUUCAAUGCC